CCAAAAUCUAAACAUUUAUUCUCUUCUGAUUUUUCGCACAGCUCUUUCAUGGCUGUCACGUUUCGGAUAUUGAUUCUUCUCCACCUCUUCCUUCUGUUCUUCAUCUCCGUCUUCCCUUUCUCUUCUUCCCAGGGUUCACCUCAAAACAUUGAAGUCUUCUACCCAACUCAAACUCCACCGCCAAUCGCACCCAUCCCUGAAGAAAGACCGCUGGACUCACCGCUUCCGCCGCCGCAGCCAUCGACGUCGUCAUCUUCGGGGAACGACAGCAAUCGUACUAUUGCGAAGGCAGUAGCUGCGACCGCAGGAAGCACGAUUGUUAUUGCCGCGGUAUUCUUCUUUUUGAUCAGAAGAUAUGUUCUUGCUCAGCGUGGAAGGGAGAGAGUUCGAGAUAGUUCCCAGCCGAGAGUGCCCCCAGAUGAGUUCGGUAGAGUUAAUGGGAAUAUAAAGGGCUUAAUCGUUGAUGAAAAUGGCUUGGAUGUUCUUUAUUGGAGGCAGCUUCAAAACGGAGGUACCAUAAAUGGUUUCCGCCGAGAGGUUUUGCAUGUUCCGAAAGAUGAAGAAGAAGAAGAAGGCGGUGGUAGAAUGGUUCGGAAAGGUAGUCGAAGCAAAAAGGUGGAGCCUGCAAGUGAAAUUCCUUUGCUUCGUGGGAAAUCUUCAACUUCCCAUGUUCCACCACCUGAAGAUGAAGAUUCGAGUGAAAAUAUGAGUCCUUUAACUCCUCCGCCGUCGUCUCAUGGAAUUGCUUUAAAAGCUGUUGAGAAAAGAGAAGCUCCGGUUCAAUCAAAAUUUGCCCCUCCAUCGUCAUCUCAAGGGAUUGUUUUAAAAGCUGUUGAGAAAAUAGAAGCUCCAGUUCAAUCAAAAUUUGCACCUCCACCGUCAAUGCCACCGCAGCCUCCACCUCCACCAAAUAGAACUACAGCAGCGCCACCGCCUCCUCCGCCACCGGUCCCAGCAAAAGGCCCUUCGCCGCCACCACCUCCACCUAAAAAACCGGGCGGUUCAGUUACGUCCUUUAAACCUCCUGCAGCGGCCAGAUAUAAGUCCGGUAGUGGUAAAUCAGGGGAGACUGGGGAGUCUUCUGGAGAUACCGAUAAUAGUCAGGUGAAAUUGAAGCCAUUGCAUUGGGAUAAGGUGAACAAGAAGAAUGCUGAUCAUUCCAUGGUAUGGGACAAAAUCAAUGGCGGAUCUUUCAAGGUUGAUGAUGAUCUUAUGGAAGCUUUAUUUGGAUAUGUGGCUACAAAUAAGAAAUCCCCUACCGGUGAAAAGAACACAAAGAGUGCUAACACUAGCUCACCGGCACAGAUCAUGAUUCUCGAUCCCCGAAAAUCACAGAACAUUGCGAUUGUGCUUAAAUCCUUAGCUCUAUCUCGUAAGGAACUGCUUGAUGCACUCAAUGAAGGCCAAGGUCUUGAGGUGGAUACUCUUGAAAAGCUCAUGAGAAUUUCCCCCACAGAAGAAGAACAGUCCCAAAUCCUUGAUUUCGAUGGUGAUCCGACGCGACUCGCCGAUGCCGAGUCGUUUUUGUUCCACAUUUUAAAAGCUCUUCCGUCGGCUUUCACACGCCUUACUGCUAUGCAGUUUAGAUCGAAUUACGACUUGGAAAUUCUCCACAUGAAGGAGUCUUUACAAACUCUAGAGUUAGGGUGCAAGGAGCUUCGCUCUCAAAGACUGUUUAUGAAACUCCUUGAAGCGAUACUGAAGGCCGGCAAUCGCAUGAAUGCCGGGACUGCCAGAGGCAAUGCUCAAGCUUUUAACCUUACGUCGCUGCUUAAGCUCUCCGAUGUUAAAAGCACCGACGGGAAGACUACUCUACUCCACUUUGUGGUCGAAGAAGUAGUCCGGUCAGAGGGAAAGAAAUGCUUUAUCAGCCGAAGUCACAGCUUGAGUCGGUGCGGCAGCAGCCGAAACAACAAUAACACCACUGGCAAUUUGACGGUAAAAGUGGACAGAGAGAAGGAAUAUGUAACACUCGGAUUACCAGUGGUAGGAGGCCUCAGUUCCGAGUUCACCAACGUGAAGAAAGCAGCCACAAUAGAUUUCAACACAUUUUCAGGCACUUGCUCGGCUCUUGCUGCUCGUGUAGCGGAAACCAAGCACCUUGUAUUGCAAUGUAUGGCUGAUGGAAAAGGGGGAUUCGUGCAAGAAAUGAAAGGGUUUGUCGACGACGCCGAAGAAGAACUGAAUGUGUUAAAAGAGGAGCAAAGAAGAGUGAUGGAUAACGUAAGAAGAACAACGGAGUACUAUCAAGCAGGGGCUUCAAAGGAUCAUUUCCAAGUAUUUGUCAUCGUUAAAGACUUCCUCGGUAUGGUUGAUCAGGCCUGUGUAGAAAUUGCAAGGAACCAACAAAGGAGGAAGUCAUCAAUUGCAAAUCAUGGACCACGAUCACCAAAUUCACAGGAGUCAAGAACCAAAAUGAGGUUCCCAGUGUUGCCACCAAAUUUCAUGUCAGAUAAGUCGAGGAGCAAUUCCAGCGAAUCGGAUGUAGAUUCAUGAACUCGAAGAGAUAUUGGUUGUCAAGGGCAAUGUACAUAAACCUCAUACGAAAGGUGUAGAUUCGGAACAACUAGAGGAAAUUGUUUUUAAAAUUCUUCCAUUUGUUUUGUACC